ACCGCAGCGGACAUCGCCCAGAGGAGCCUUGCGUCCCUCCCGUGGCGACCAGGGCCCAAGCCGGAGAGCGACAGGUGUAGCCGCCCGCCCAGAAACCAAGCACCAUGUGCGACGAAGACGAGACCACCGCCCUCGUGUGCGACAACGGCUCGGGCCUGGUGAAAGCCGGCUUCGCGGGCGACGACGCCCCUAGGGCCGUGUUCCCGUCCAUCGUGGGCCGCCCUCGCCACCAGGGCGUCAUGGUGGGCAUGGGGCAGAAAGACUCCUACGUGGGCGACGAGGCGCAGAGCAAGAGGGGCAUCCUGACGCUGAAGUACCCCAUCGAGCACGGCAUCAUCACCAACUGGGACGACAUGGAGAAGAUCUGGCACCACACCUUCUACAACGAGCUCCGCGUGGCCCCCGAGGAGCACCCCACCCUGCUCACCGAGGCCCCCCUCAACCCCAAGGCCAACCGCGAGAAGAUGACCCAGAUCAUGUUUGAGACCUUCAACGUGCCGGCCAUGUACGUGGCCAUCCAGGCGGUGCUGUCCCUCUACGCCUCCGGCCGGACCACGGGCAUCGUGAUGGAUUCUGGGGAUGGCGUCACCCACACGGUGCCCAUCUACGAGGGCUACGCCCUGCCCCACGCCAUCCUGCGUCUGGACCUGGCUGGCCGGGACCUGACCGACUACCUCAUGAAGAUCCUCACGGAGCGGGGCUACAGCUUCACCACCACGGCCGAGCGGGAGAUCGUCCGGGACGUCAAGGAGAAGCUGUGCUACGUGGCCCUGGACUUCGAGCAGGAGAUGGCCAGCGCGGCCGCGUCUUCCUCUCUGGACAGGAGCUACGAGCUUCCCGACGGGCAGGUGAUCACCAUCGGGAACGAGCGCUUUCGGUGCCCCGAAGCCAUGUUCCAGCCCUCGCUCCUGGGCAUCGAGUCCAGGGGCAUCCACGAGACGGCCUUCAACUCCAUCAUGAGGUGCGACGUGGACAUCCGCAAGGACCUGUACGCCAACACCGUGCUCUCCGGGGGCAGCACCAUGUACCCGGGCAUCGCCGACCGGAUGCAGAAGGAGGUGCUGGGCCUGGCCCCCGGCACCAUGAAGAUCAAGAUCAUCGCCCCGCCGGAGCGCAAGUACUCCGUGUGGAUCGGCGGCUCCAUCCUGGCCUCGCUGUCCACCUUCCAGCAGAUGUGGAUCACCAAGCAGGAGUACGACGAGGCCGGCCCGUCCAUCGUCCACCGCAAAUGCUUCUAGACCCCGCGUCCCCACAGCGCGCCACUUCUCCUCAGGACGACACCUCUGCCCGACAGGCAGGCGGCGGACCUCGAGCCACCGCGCAGCAACUUUCUCUCCAGCAACUUUGUUGCAGCCGCCGCGAACCGACACAGUGUUUAUAACGUGUACAUACAUUAACUUAUUUACCUCAUUUUGUUAUUUUUAAAACAAAGCCCUGUGGAAGGAAAAGGAAAACUUGAAGCAUUAAACUCAGCCAUUCUGUUAUGCUGCGUAAA